AUGGCCCAUUUUGAUGCCAUUGACCUGUUGCUACGUUAUGAGACACCACUUGUUAAGGAUAUGGAGCCAGAUGACGACGUACUUGAGUGGGUGGCUGCAUAUGUAGGGAGUGAGGAAUUUCAAGACACCAUCAACAAUUUCUGUGGUGCCCAUGCAAGCCAUUUUUCGAUCCUCCUUACGAAGGGAGGACCUUCUGCUGCUGAUCUUGAUAAAGUUGAAUUGAUGUGGAAAGAGCUACAUGAGGCAUUUAUUGAUACAGCCAAUGCUCACAUUGAGGCAUUUCUGGCGGAAAGAGGUUUUACGAUGGAACAAUACACCACCCGAUGUGAUGAAGAAAUUUCAUUGUCCGAGGAACGGCAGCGACACACGAGGCUCAGCUUCUUUGUACAAAUCUUGUUGGCCUGCUGUGAGUACGAGCAGUUUCUUAAUCUCAUGAAGCGCGUGGCCGAUCCUGAAUACUACGACAAGAAAGAACUCCAAUAUGAGGCCGAGACCCUCGUAUAUGAGGCCGAAGCGAAAGGAGCUACCAAUGCCGAUAGAGCUGCUGGUGCACAGGCUUUUCUUGACUUUUUCCAGGCCAACCCGGAGUUGACGCUAGACGAGCUUACGCAGGAAUUUCAGAAAAAGAUGCAGCUCACGUGA